AUGUUAAACUUCGUCGAUGUUAUUGUCACACCUGCGCUUUUUGCAACGAGGACAAACAAUAUUCUUGAUUUGUUGUUGUUUUAUCUCAAUAUAUAUCUUUCUUCAACAGGAGAGAAAUGCUGGGCACCAAUGCUGUGUAACAAUACACUUGCGUGGAGAGUAUUCGGGGAAUGCGAAAUGAAUGAAGAAUUCAGAAACAGAAAAAAAGCUUUGGAAGAGCACAUCAACCAGUUGGCCAGCAUGCUAACCCUUCUUGAAGGAAAACUGAAAACCAAAACAGCAAUGACAACACAAAACAACAUAAUACACACCUCUACCACAGAUGUAAAAGAAACAACCAAGCCACAAGAAUUCGCAAGCGUCAAGUCUUCUUCGAUCACCGCUACGACUGGUCCUGCGGAGUCUCCUUGGACAACUCGCGAAACGUUCUUUUCUACUGUGAACGGCGUGAAGACUUCAUCAGUACCCGCUUCGUCUAGUUCUGCAAAAGUGACAACUCCCGAAGAUACUGUUAUUCCACAAACUAUAUCUGAGCCAGCCGUCCAAACUACAUCUGAGCCAUCUGUCCAAACUACAUCUCAGCCAUCCGUCCAAACUACAUCUCAGCCAUCCGUCCAAACUACAUCUGAGCCAGCCGUCCGAACUACAUCUGGGCCAGCCGUCCAAACUACAUCUGAGUCAGCCGUCCAAACUACAUCUGGGCCAGCCGUCCAAACUACAUCUGAGCCAGCCGUCCAAACUACAUCUGGGCCAGCCGUCCAAACUACAUCUGAGUCAGCUGUCCAAACUACAUCUCAGCCAUCCGUCCAAACUACAUCUCAGCCAUCCGUCCAAACUACAUCUGAGCCAGCCGUCCAAACUACAUCUGGGCCAGCCGUCCAAACUACAUCUGAGUCAGCUGUCCAAUCUACAUCUGAGUCAGCUGUCCAAUCUACAUCUAAGCCAGCUGUCCAAACUACAUCUGAGCCAGCUGUCCAAACUACAUCUGAGCCAGCUGUCCAAACUACAUCUGAGCCAGCCGUCCAAACUACAUCUGAGCCAGCCGUCCAAACUACAUCUGGGCCAGCCGUCCAAACUACAUCUGAGCCAGCUGUCCAAACUACAUCUGAGCCAGCCGUCCAAACUACAUCUGAGCCAGCCGUCCAAACUACAUCUGAGCCAGCCGUCCAAACUACAUCUGAGUCAGCUGUCCAAUCUACAUCUAAGCCAGCUGUCCAAACUACAUCUGAGCCAUCCGUCCAAACUACAUCUGAGCCAUCCGCCCAAACUACAUCUGAGCCAGCUUUCCAAACUACACCUGAGCCAGCUGUCCAAACAAUUUCGUCUAGAUUUACUGAAGAAGUUAUCAUGCGCUAUGACGGAAAAGUAUUCAUACCGUUGGCAUCUGAAGAGGUUUAUAAAGCAUCAGCGAUCGUCAAAUGUCAGCAACUCGGAGCAGAAUUAGCAAAUAUAUACAACCAAGAUCACAUGGACAAAAUAAUGGCAUUCAUUCGUGACAACAAGAUGGGCGGGCAUUCUUGGAAACUAUUUCAUCUCGGCAUGACAUACGACCCUAUUAAUCAGAUUCUUCGUUUACGCAACGAAACUGAGAUAUCAUCAAUUAGUUUCAAAUGGUCCAAUGGGUUUCCACUCAAUGGGCAGAAUCACUCUGGUUACACAAACAUGUUGAUCGAUAUUCGAAAAGAUACAACAAACUCAGAUCAACAUAUUUACAACUACUUAGAUAAUAAAAGCUACGUCUUGUGUGAAAUUUGA